AUGCAUAAUGAUAAGAAAAUAAAAGAAAUAAAGGAUGGUUUACGCAAUUUUCAAAUAAAACCAAUAACUAUAAUAAAGGGGACAUCUGGGAUUGGAAAGUUGCAUUUGGCGAAGUCAAUUCUAGCAGAAUUCAAGUACAAAAUUUUGGAGGUAGAUUCAGCAUUCAGAGACAUUUGGAUGUUAAAUGAAGUGCAUCCUCUAAUGUAUUCUAUGUAAGAUUAACUAUCAAAAAUUGAUGAUUAAAGAGUUAUAAUUUUAAAAGAAAUUAGUGGGAUUAGUAAUUUGAAUUCAUUAAGAUAAUUGUAAUAAUAAUACACUUACACAAAAUGCAAUAAGCCAUUAGUAAUAAUUGUAAAUACAACAGUAUUAAAAGAUUAUGAAUUGACUAAAAUUUUAAGUUAAGAAUUUAUUAAAAUAUAUUGCAAUAUUGUGUUGCUCAAAAGUCCAACCAACAAUAAGAUUGAAAAGUAUUUGCACACUUGUUUUCCAAGGGUCAAUUCAAAUGUGUUACAUUAAAUAGCAGAACUAUCGAAUGGAGAUAUUAGAAAUGCGUACAAUUAAGCAUUUAUUUACUCAAUAAACUACAGAGAUGAGAACUAAAGCAAAGACUCUUAAUUAACAUUUUUUAAUACUGUGGGUAGAGUACUUUAUAACAAAAGAUUGGAUUAUUAUAAUACUCCAAAACAAUUAACAUAUGAAGAAAUGAUAUCUAAACCUGAACCCAAAUAUUACUUCGAUCCUUUUUAGUUGUUGGAAACCAUACAAGUGACCUAAUAGACAUAUAGAGGGUUUUUGUUUAUCAACUCAUUGAAAUUCUUGCAUGACUUAAAUGAAAUGAAAUAGUUUUAUGAGAUUCAGAGUGAGGCUGAUGUAAUUGAAAAAGGAUUGUGCAGAUUCGAUAGAUAUUAAGGAGACAUCUUUAAUAAUCAAUAUUUAGUUAGUAUGUUUGUUACUUUGGGUUACAUGUAGACUAACAAGCACGUCAAACCUGCUAAAUCCAUGAUGCUUACACUCAAUGGUCCAUAAGAUUAUCAAUUUAGAUAGGAGAGACUGCUAAAGCAAAAUGAGAUGAAAUAAUUAAAGCCAUUUAAAAGUUAUUAAAAAGAACUAGUCUUAAGUAUCCUUUAUGGAAAACGAGUUCAGUUGCUUAAUUCCAAAAAUAACUUCAUAUCGUAAAUCUCAAUUGAGGACGAUCAAUAUGACUAACAUUGGUUUGAAGAGGAUUAGCAAGAACAACAGCAAACUUCCAAUAAAAAAUUAAGUUCAAAGAAUAUAAGAGUAAAAAGAAAUUAAGCGGAAUUGAUUUCUAGAAAUAGAAAUUAGAGGUUGAUUGAAGUGUGUAAUGAAUUAUUAAAUUGA